CAGCUGCAGCUGCAGGUGGGGCCGGGCCGAGCCGGGCCAGGCGGCGGAGUCGGGGUCUGGCGGCUGCGGGAGGAUGAUGGCCGGCGGGGACUCGGAGCAGGUGCGCUACUGCGCGCGCUUCUCCUACCUGUGCCUUAAGUUCUCGCUCAUCGUCUACUCCUCGUUCUUCUGGUUUAUAGGUGCCUUAAUCCUCUCCGUGGGGAUCUACGCCGAAGUUGAGCGCCAGAAAUACAAAACUCUGGAAAGUGCCUUCCUCGCACCUGCCAUCAUCCUCAUCCUCCUCGGGGUCAUCAUGUUCAUCGUCUCCUUCGUGGGGGUCUUGGCUUCCCUCCGGGAUAACUUCUGUCUCCUCCAAUCGUUCAUGUACAUCCUGGGGAUCUGCCUUAUCAUGGAGCUCAUCGGGGGCGUGGUGGCCUUAAUCUUCAGGAACCAGACAAUCGACUUUCUGAAUGACAACAUCCGGAGAGGAAUCGAGAAUUACUAUGAUGACUUGGACUUCAAGAACAUCAUGGAUUUUGUUCAGGAGCAGUUUAAGUGCUGUGGUGGGGAAGACUACAAGGACUGGGCCAUGAACCAGUACCACGACUGCAACGCGCCCGGACCCUUAGCGUGUGGGGUGCCAUACACCUGCUGCUUCAGAAAUUCGUCUGCUGUCGUUAACACCAUGUGUGGCUAUAAAACCAUCGACCAAGAGCGCCUGAGCGUUCUGGACGUCAUCUACGUCCGUGGCUGCACUGAUGCCGUCAUCAUCUGGUUCAUGGACAACUACACCAUCAUGGCUGCCGUCCUGCUGGGCAUCCUGCUGCCCCAGUUCCUGGGUGUGCUGCUUACUCUUCUCUACAUCACAAGGGUGGAAGAUAUCAUAUCUGAGCACUCCGUCACCGAUGGCCUCCUCGGGGGGGAGAAGAAGGCAGACCUGGAGUUUUCAGGAGGAGGCUGCUGCAUGUGUUAUCCAGGGGAGAGUCCUCAGGGCCUGUGACAGGCUUUUCCACCAGACCCCUGGGACGAGGAGGGGCAGGGGACCUGUGACCACCGGGGCCAAGCUGGGCCAGCCAUCCUUCCACAGACAGUACCAGCCUGGGCCUCUGCCCCUGGUUCCAGCUCCCUCAGACCAUGUGGACCCUAUCUGGACUGGGAGUGUGGGAGUGGCAGAGUCCAGGGGGAACCCAAAUGUCCAUGCUUCUCUUUCCCAGGCUUCUUUGGGACUUGAAGGGGAUUGAGAAGCCCUUUUCCUAACUCAACUCUCCCCUUCCCCCAGGGACAAGGAGGCAGAGAGUAGGAGGCUAUCUAGCCAGAGCCCCUGUCCUGGUGGCUCACCCUGUGUCUCUUGUCUGAUGCUGGCGGGCCUGUGGGAUAGUGACUAAGGGGCAGAUCUGGGGGUGGUUUCAUCCCCCAGCCAUGGCCCUGGGGUGGGGCUGUCUUGCACCCCCAUUUUCUAUCUCUGUCACCCUAAAGUCCAUCUGGGUAUUGAUUCAGCUGCUGUUCUGGGCCCACUUCAUGAGGCCUCGUGCCCUCUUUCUUCAUCCCCCCUGGGAAGCUCAGGGGCCAAAAAAAGAAAGAAAAAAAAAGAGAUUUCUCAGUUAAGCCUGAGAUGCUGUGUGUGGGAAUAAUUGAGCUUAGCUUGGCCCUGAACUGGUGCAUCAGGGGCUGAUCUUGUGGCAUUGAAAUUAAAUUGUGGCUAUUUUUGUAUUGAUUUAUAAGUGUGUGGGAGAAGGGUAUGCAUGAGUGUAUUGAUGUGUGUGCCUGCCUGGUCCUAACCAGAGUUUUGAGGAGUGAUGAAUGUUCCCCCAACUGAUCAUUUGUACCAUAACUUUGUGAUUCUGCAAUUUCUAGGCUGGCCUGUGUCCAGUGCCUUGAGCCCCCAUUGGAGGGCUGUUGCUUUGGUGACUCCAUUUAUAUGUGACUUUUGUAACUGUAUAGAGUUUUAUACACAAAUAACAAGCCUGUUUAAUUAAUCUGAAUCACACACUU